UUUCCAUCACACACUUUCAGCUCUGGCCCACACCGUCCGCGCCUUCCCGGCUGCACUGCCCCCUUCUCUGCCUACCAAUUUCGCAGCAUGUAACUACAUCCGUAGAAUGCUCCGGCUCUACCCGUCUUCGACCUCCUCGAGGCCGUCAUGCGCCUAUCAUUCUGUUGUCUCGGCCAUUUACGAGGAUGCAAGGCAGUCAGCUAGGCUGAACUUGGCUGGUUCUCGGCGAUAGGGCGACGGCAACGCGCUGGCGGUCUGUCCAGAGCAAUUUCCGCCGUCUGUCCCCACUCGAAUUACAACACCUACAUCGGACGUCGUCGCUCAAAUUUGGUCGGACGCUAUACUGCUGAGCGUUGCGAUAUCCAGGAUCCCCCUGACAGGAAUUUUUCGACUACCAACAAUGUCCUGUCUCUGACAACCAAUAUCGGGCUGCGACAUUAUGGAUUCUGGUGGACCUCACUGAAGUGUCGGCAUCAUCGCGGUUGGAUCAGGGUGGAUGGAACACAUGACAAGAAAUGAUUCUUGCCCAUGCAUGUGGGAAUGUGGCUUGGCCAAUGGCAAAAACAGCGCAUGACAGCGGCAACAAUGAUGACGGGUUAGGCAAGGUUGCUAUGACACCUUGAUUGCGUUGCAUCCAUGAAGCGGGGGUUGAUAUGGGCUGAUUGGGGUCGGAUGGAGGAAUCGGGAGGAGGAGCUAAGCCAUGUUACGCGCUAAGAUCGAAAAACGUCGCUGUCGAAUUCGUUUCUCCGCUUUUGAGCCACUCGGGGCUUCAGCAUACUCGUCGAUGAAGGCUCAGAAUGCAGGGAACAGUCUAUUUUCGUCAGUCACUCCUUCGCCUGCCUGCGCACAGUCAAAGGGACAUAGCGGAACGCUCUGAUACAGGCCUAGUCUCGGAGUCGCCGAUCUGCUUUUUGCAGCCAGAACAGUGCCACUUUGGGGCAGCAAAGCUCAGCCUCUACGGACAGAUCACCGAACCUGGAGUCAUUUUCGCCAGAGUUCCCACUCUUUUGAUUCAGGACGCGGCCUUCACAGCUAUCGAUCCGGAAGAUUGGCACACAUGGGAUGAUUACACCAUCCAGCAACCUCAUACGUAAUGCCAAAAGUGAGCGAAGCGGUUGGGUGACUGCCACGGGUGUUCUGUAGGCUGGAUUCCAGGCGCUAGCCGUAGCUCGCGAGUAUAUAUAGGACGGGCGUCCCUCAGCAGAUUGCGAGUUCAUAGAUCUCCUCCAAUAUCAAAGUUCAAGAUGACUUCCAUUCAGUGGGACAGCCAACAAUUUUAUCAACCACCACGUCCUGUGGCUAUUCCGCCUUCGACAUUUUGGCCACCUUCGCAUUCACAAGCUGGUGCUGGUUCGACUUACUUUCAACCGCCUAUAGCUAGUGCCCGUUUUGAAGAGGUCAAAGGGACAACUACGCAUGGCGCGCCUCAGAACACAUCCAGUUCAUACAAGGCAGAACUGCCUCCUGAUCAAGGUCAGUCAUUACACGGCAUAAAAGAAAUCACACAGGACCAAGACAGUAGAGAUGCAGCCGUCGUCAGCAACGCAGAGACAGAAAUCCUCUCUAUUGGCAAACCCCUAUUACUAGCUGCGAAUCGAGACGUCGCCAACGUGGUCGAAAACCUUGACAGCGUCUACGGGCCCGCGACAGAUUCGAAUCAAGUAAAAUGGGGCACAAGCCAGGAUAAGCCUAUCCUUCUAGAUAGUGACGUGGGCAGUAAUGGAGAGUUUGACAAUGUUGAGAAUGGAACUCCACUCGACCUGACGAUGCGUGAUGCGAUACUAUCACACAGUCACCCAACUUUCGACACAGCAUAUAUACCUCGCAGUACAUACAACAUUGGCGUAGCUGAACCCACCGGUGACGAAGGACUCCGUCAGGUGGAAGCUUCAUCUAUCUUAUCUCAAAACGAUACUACAAUUGCAACGGAGAUGAAUGGCGACCUAUUGCUCGCCUCUCAAAAUAUAGAGAGUCCCAUCGGUUUGGCUAGUGUUCAAGAAACCAGUGCUAUCUCUGUGACCGAAGGAAUCCCAACGAACGAAGGCAAGAUCGAUAAAUAUCAGCCAAAAUCAAGAAGGGAUAACAAUGAUCACAUUUCUGCAGAGAACGACCAUAUGGACAAGAUUGAACUAAGCCUUGGGAUGACGCGCAGCGAUGAUCGGGAUGGAAGCAUAGAUGGUACUGAUGGCGAAGACCACGCCAAUGAUAGCUCCGGUUCUGAUAUAGAACCCCGCCAGCAUUUAAAACGGCGGAGGGCAAAGAGCACGGAUAGCUCUGCACAAACAAACUUCCGUAAUGUGAAAGACGUUACUUUUCCGACCGAUAUCUGGGAUGUCUUAAGCCAGGGAGGAACAGCGGUCUCUUUCGAUCUCCCUCUAAAGAGCCAAUCUAUUAAUGGUGGAGAUCACGUUAAUGAUAGCGACACCGCUGGCUCUGAGAUACAGGAGCGGAGACUAAAACGGCCGAGGCGGGCAAAAAGCACGGAGAGCUCUGCACACAUGAGCCCCAGCAAUGUGAAAGAGGCUUCUUUUGCUAUGGCCAAUUCCUCUGAGGUCUCAACUCCAAAGACAGGAGCGACGUCGUCUGAUUCCCCGCUAGAGAGUCACGAGAUACCAAUCGGUGGUUCCCUUACACUACAAACAUUCCAGUCGGGAAUAGUGUAUUGCCUUAAAUUUUCCCAGAAGGAGUUACCAUUCCCUCUCGACAUAGAGCAGGCACAAGAUGUCAUCAGCAGCGCCUCUAGUGGCGAUAGAGACAGGGAGCGGCCGCAUUUGCGAGAACGAGUUGUGAGGAGACUUGGCAGGCAUUCGACAUAUUCAGAAAAUGACGACCAACUGUUGAUACAGCUGAAAGAGAAAGACAAAUUGCCAUGGGACGAAAUAGCAGAGUACUUCCCGGAAAGGACUAAAGGGACGUUGCAAGUGCACUACUGCACAAAGCUGAAGAACCGCUCGCAGACGUCUAAGUACAAGAAACGCAAGAUAACGAACUCAGCUAACGAAAGCGGGGGAACAUAUCCAUCUGUUUUUUCAAUGGAGUUGCUUGAUCCACAGCUUCGAGAUGCUCUUCCUUCCACACCAUUUGUAGCAGCAACUGCCGACUCCACCAAGGGUGCUCACAGAAGCAUACUAUCAACUGGGAACAAAGAGCAUACAGCAGUGCAGCCGCGUUGUAGCAGCCAAGGAGCCGAAAGCGAUACAGAUGAGAUCUGUGAGGUUGAAGCGCUGCUUGCCAAGUCGACAACACGUAAUGUGGUUUGGUACCUCGUGAAGUGGGAAGGCUUUGGUGAUGAUAAAAAUACGUGGCAGGAACAGGACGACAUCAGUUCGGAUCUCGUUGGCGAUUUUGAGGCGAGCUAUCAAGGAAACUUUGGUGUGGAAUUACUCAAGAAGCGAGAACGGAGAGGGAAGACUGAAUAUUUUGUUAAGUGGAAGGGUCGUCCAGAGAUUGAGAAUUCAUGGGAGAAGGAAGACACCAUACACUGUGAGCGAAUAUUAGAGUUUGAGGCAAGGUGAUGGAGGAAGUCAUUGCAUUGUAUCUUAGGGCUAGCAAGCAUUUGCAUACAUAAGAGAUGAGUUCGCUUUGGCGAUAGAUAUUAGUUUUACUUAAUGACAUAUAUUGCACCAGGGACCUUGGAAAUCCAUACAAACUGUGCGACUUGGCGCGUGGGCUGACAGAAGCACGUGACCACGCCCGAUCCGUUACGUAAUAUCUCAUGAAUGGUUCAUCCGAACGAAGCAAUCAAAGAGGCUCAGGAAGGAUUGUUAAUUGAAUGGGUUUUAUCUUCCGUGAAUUCCCUUGUGCUAUGUUGUCGGCUAAGUGAAAUAUCGUUUUGAUCUUCUGAAAGUAUGAGACUUCGAUGAUGAGACGGCUUCUAGAGCCACAGAUCCUGGUAUAUCAUCUUCAUCAUUGCCGCUUCUGCGGGCCAGGCGUCCACAAUAUCAGCCACCCUGUUGGACCAGUCACUAUCCCACGUAAACGCAAAAAAGGCUGCGACGUAUUCCCAGUAGCUAGGAUACCACCCCGCUGAUUCCCAGUCCACAAUUGACACAUCAUAGUCUUUCCCCUGCGAAAGCUCCUGUGACGAGAUCUCCCUGACUAGAAUAUUCUUCAUCUGUAAAUCAGAGUGGGUAAAUGUCGAUGUGCGAUCCUCUUCAACAAGAUCCAACAACAGCUGGUUUUCGAAGAAAUCAGCCAGAUAAGAAUGCCUUUUGCGGUCUUCUGCGUUAAGCCGAGAUUUCGAUAUUAGCCCCAGAACGAGGUCACUCUCACUUCCAAAGGGGCCGGAUAUCUUCGGAUCGUACGCUGGAGAGUAGAAUAGAUGAUGUGGCAUGUGGCUCUUGUUGAUGCCCCCAAAAAAGCCAGGGGACUGAAGGGUGCGUACUUGGUUAAAAAUGGCUCGUAGCUUUGAGAGAAUGAGGACUUUGUCAGAUUCUUGAAGAUUUGGCCACAGAAACUGGAGUGUAUCUCCCUGAAGAUAUUCCAUGACAAUAUAAAGCCUUCCAUCAGGCUCUUUCCACAUUGCAUAUAAUCGAGGAGCCGAUAUUUGAAGGUUUUGCUCAAUGAAUAGAAGGUUCUCUCCUUCUAUUUGAUCGUUGUAAGGACUGUAUUUUGCGAUAAAAUGUUCACCUACCCUCACAACUUUCCUGUCUGCCCAAGCUUCAAGUCCCUUAAGGAUAUUUGGUGACGAAUGAAUUUCAUCAACAGAGGGAAGAGGCGCAGGUAAUUCCUUGGAAUCCCUGAAGUAUGGAAGUUGAAAAGGCUGCGCCAUUGUGAAAACCGGUGAAAUGUGAUCGUUGGUAACAGCAGACACCCGAUAUGAUUUUCGUCGUGAUAAUAGCCUUCUCUACCGCCAGCCAAAGAAUGUAUUUCGAGAUGAGAAUUUAGUCCAGCACUAGCCUAGUUUAUUAAAAUGUGCAAGUCUCUGUUGUCUCUUUUGCCUCCUUUGCUUCCUUAUGUUAGUGCAGGAUCGAGGCU